AUGAUCAUUGUAAACGACAAUGGAAGUGUACCACGUCGUGAAAAAGUAAAGUCUAAGACAAAAUGCAACAAGUUUACAAGCACGUUUGUACCCUCCAAGGAUCAGUGGCUCAGAUUAGCUCAUGUCUUGAUUCUUGUGAAACUCGUGCUUAUGCUUGGAAUCCAUGAAUUGCUUCGUCCUUUUUGUCUUUCAUUCACUGAAGUCUUUAUCUUAACAGGUCAUGUCUUUGCUGCAGCUAAUAAAGCAGUUCUUCAAUCAAUAAAACGAGGAUUUCAACCAAAAUUUCCAGAGUGGACAUUAUGCAUUUCGACGUAA